AUUAUUCUACUCAGCAACGUUAACAACUUUGGUUACUUUUGUUUUAGAUAUGUUGUACUGACCAGUAAGCACCAUGAGGGAUUUACUCUCUGGCCCUCUAAUGUCUCUUGGAACUGGAAUUCUAUGGAUGUUGGACCAAAACGAGACCUACUAGGUGAUUUAGCCAAUGCAAUAAGAAAGAAGACAAACCUCCACUUCGGAGUUUACCAUUCUCUUUAUGAAUGGUUCAACCCUUUGUAUCUCUACGAUAAAUCUAACAAAUGGAAAACUCAAAAUUUUGUUGAGACCAAGACGAUGCCUGAAUUAUUAGAGCUUGUAAACGACUACAAACCUGAUGUGAUAUGGUCAGACGGAGACUGGGAAGCUCCAGAUACGUAUUGGAAAAGUAGGGACUUUUUGGCCUGGCUUUAUAAUGACAGGUGGGACAAU